AUCAGGGCCACAUUAUCGACUCAGACUAGGGCCCUGGCUCCUGGAGUCAUGUGAUUACCUCAGACUGUUGUUGUUUUUUUCAUCUCAAAGGGGUGUUAACCCGAAAACCUGCUGUUGGGGAGCCCCCCACAUCAAGACCACACCAGUAAAGGACUCUGCAUGUGGCAGGAGGGGAAGAGUGCACCAUCUCCUUGCCCUCUUCAUUCCCCUGCAUCAUGGGAAGAAAGUGGUGCACAGACCCUGGAGUGGGAAUUAUGGACUUUUGUGAAUCCUGCAACCAAGGGGAGAUGCUGGGAAGAGGCCUGUGGCCCAGGAAGGGCGAAGGGCUUGUGUUGUUUUGUUUGGAUUCUCACUUAUCCCAGAAGAGGGAGGACACUUGUUGCCAUGGUGACUGUGGAGAGCUACAUGGAAUUUAUUACCCAACUGCUGAGGGGAAACUGAGGCAUGGCCAGAGUUCAACUGAGGAACAGGCUCACCGGAUGCCAGGCCAGAUUCUAGGUCAGCUGGGAGAGGAGCCAAAGCCAGGGACACUGCACUGGCUGGAGCUGACUCUGCCAUGGCUGUGUAGAGCCAUUUCUUGCAGCUGGCUCCAAGCUCAUCAGAGUCCAGCACCCACCGCUGCCUCCCUGAGAAGAGAGAUGGGGAACUGGGCGGAAGCAGAUCCCCCUGGACAGCCUCUUAACAGCUCCAUAGACUUGGAGAGUGGAGGAGAACCAGGUCAUCCAGCUAAUUCCAGCUCCAGGAAACCUGCAGUAUGGGAUCGUCCAGCUGCCCUCAGAGCCAUAAUCGUGGUUACAAUGGUCGUCAUCAUCGCUCUAGUAGCAGCUUUGAUAGUGGUAACAUCUAAGCAGCCUCCUCCAUUGCCCCCUGCUGCCCGGACGGCUGGAUCCGGAUCCAAGGGAAAUGGUUCCCUGCUGCCAUACGAAGGCAAACUGGACCACUGGAUCGGCCUCCGGAAGGAUGCGGGCCAGGUCUGGAAAUGGGCCGACGGGACCGAGUUUGACCAUUGGUUUGAAAUACAUGGAGGAGCAGAUUGUGCUCAGCUGGAUGAAGAUUUCACUGUUGUCACCACGUCAAGCUGCAGCACACCAAGAAAAUGGAUCUGCAGUAAAUCUGAUACCCCUGGGAAGGGAGAGGAGGGAGCGGUGGGAGGGGAUUCGUGA